AUGAACGACGAAGAUGCCAUUCAGAAUAUCCUCAAGAAAAUUGAGCGCGAAAAGGCCCUCCUCAAUGCCGCCAAUGCCAUGAGAGCGCAGACCAACAACGAGGCCGUCCGAUCACGACUCGACUCUCAGAUGCGCGAUGGCCGUCGGAACCUGCAGUUCUUUGAGGAGAAGCUUCGCGAGGCCCAGCUACGUCGCGGUAUGGACAACAUGUCUAUCGGCUCCCCCUCCGGCGACGGCAGGCCCCUCAGCGGCGACAUGGAUGACGUGCCUCCGCCCCCUCCCAAGGAUUCCGGCUGGGACCAGCGCGGCGGAUACGGCGCCGGCGCCGCAACCUCUGGCGGCAACGUCCAGUACAGCCAGAUUGGCGGCCACGCCGACCUGAUGCCUCCCCGCCAUCCUUAUGCCAACCCUGGCCCGUCUUCGUCCGUCCCCAAGUCGCGCCCUAACUUCACCAAGCUCGACCUGAUCAAAUAUGACACCCCGUAUCUCGGUCCUCGUAUCCAACUCAUGCUGUCGCAGAUCCAGUUCAAGCUCAACGUGGAGGAACAGUACCUCAAGGGAAUCGAGAAGAUGGUCCAGCUAUACGGCAUGGAAGGGGACCGCAAGAGCAGGGCCGAUGCCGCCGCUAGGAGGGUUGAAUCCAAGCAGAAGAUCCUGCUGCUGAAGCAAGCCAUGAAGCGCUACGAGGAGUUGCACAUCGACAUGGACACGUCUGAUGCCCAGGACGAUGAUUCGAUCAACAUGCCGAACCUGCGCAAGCCUCUGACUGGUCAGCUCUCCAUCCGCGUUGGUCAAAUCAAGGAUGUCGAUCACGCUUCCAUGAGUCGCUUCAGUCGGGGACCCGAGACCUUCAUAGCCAUCAAGGUCGAGGAUAACGUCGUCGCCCGCACGAGAGUGACCAGGACCGACAAGUGGGAAGCCGAGUACCACACCCUCGAUGUUGACAAGGCGAACGAGAUCGAGCUUACCGUCUACGACAAGCCCGGCGAGCAUGCCAUCCCCAUCGCCAUGUUGUGGGUGCGCAUUUCCGACAUCGCCGAGGAGAUGAGAAGAAAGAGGAUCGAGGCCGAGAUCAACAGCUCUGGAUGGGUGUCGGCCGACAGGAUGGGCGCCCCGCCGGCUCAGUUUCCCAUGAACCCUCCUGCGCAGCAACAGUCCUUCGGCGCUCCUCCUCCCUCUCCCGGCCUUGCUCAGCAGGGCGCGCAGGGCCAGCCGGCGCCUGGGGGCAUGCCGAAUCCCCCAAUCGCUCAGCAGCCCAUCGACGGCUGGUUCAACCUCGAGCCCGCCGGUCAGAUCCAGCUUUCCUUGGGCUUCCUCAAACAGAACAACGCCCGGCGCCCCGUCAACCUGCAGGGUCUUGGUCGUGUGGGUGCCGUUCGUCAGCGCAAGGAGGAAGUGCACGAGAUGUACGGCCACAAGUUUGUCCAACACCAGUUCUACAACAUCAUGCGCUGCGCUCUUUGCGGGGAUUUCCUCAAGUACUCGACCGGCAUGCAGUGCGAGGACUGCAAGUACACUUGCCAUACUAAGUGUUACUCGAGCGUUGUCACCAAGUGCAUUAGCAAGAGCAACGCUGAGACGGACCCGGACGAAGAAAAGAUCAACCACCGCAUCCCCCACAGAUUCCAGGCCUUCUCCAACAUGACGGCCAACUGGUGUUGCCACUGUGGUUACAUCCUGCCCUUCGGCAAGAAGAACUGCAGAAAGUGCGCAGAAUGUGGUCUCACCGCUCACGCCGCUUGUGUUCACCUUGUUCCUGACUUCUGCGGCAUGUCGAUGGCCGUGGCAAAUCAAAUUCUGGAGGGUAUCAAGACAACUAGGAUGAUCACAAAGAACAAGACGUCGUCUUCCUUGAGCGAUCGCACGCUGAGGAAGCCAACUAGCCCCACUAGCACCAUGGGCUCCCCCCCUCAUAGUGGUGGGCAGGCUCCUUAUGCUGGGGGCUCUCCGGAAGCAACCGAGGCCGCGAAGCUCAUGUACCAGCAACAGUCGCCGCCGGGCCAGCGACCUUCGCACCCUGAUCGCGCUUCCAGCUCAGCGGCGGCGGCAGCAGCAACAGCGGCGAUGAGCGGCACGAUGGCCUCGCAGCCAAAGCCCCAGUCGCAGGACUACGGGCAGUAUGGUGGACGUCCCGGCUAUCCCGCGCAGGCAGAGCAAGAGGACCCCUAUGGUGGGCGCAAGUACAACCCUGCGGAUUACGCGGCAGUGAACCAGCAAACUGCCCCGUAUGCUCAGCAACCUGCCGUACAGCAACAACGACCGGUUCAGCAGCAACAGCAGCAGCAGCAACUUCACCAGCAGCAGCAGCAGCCGCCCCAGCAGCAACAGCAGCCGCCCCAGCAGUACCAGCAACCACCUCAACAGCAGAUGUACCAGCAGCAGCCCGUCUCCUCGCCCAAGUUGCAGGACCCGCCUCAAAUCUCUCCUAUCGCAUCGUCUGGAGGUGUCCCUAGUGCUGGGCGCAAGCCCUUGCCGUUGGCCACCGACCCAGGCACCGGUCAGCGUAUCGGACUGGAUCACUUCAACUUCUUGGCCGUCCUGGGCAAGGGCAACUUCGGAAAGGUCAUGCUUGCGGAAACAAAGCGGUCCAAGAGGCUUUACGCCAUCAAGGUGCUGAAGAAGGAGUUCAUUAUUGAGAACGACGAAGUGGAGAGCAUUCGGUCCGAGAAGAGAGUGUUCCUCAUUGCUAACCGGGAGAGACAUCCAUUCUUGACCAACCUCCAUGCCUGUUUCCAGACCGAGACCCGUGUCUACUUUGUCAUGGAGUACAUCAGCGGUGGUGAUCUCAUGCUUCACAUCCAGCGAGGCCAGUUCGGCACCAAGCGAGCCCAAUUCUAUGCUGCCGAGGUCUGCUUGGCACUCAAGUACUUCCACGAGAACGGCGUCAUCUAUCGUGAUCUGAAGCUCGACAACAUCUUGUUGACUCUCGACGGACACAUCAAGAUUGCCGAUUACGGUCUCUGCAAGGAAGACAUGUGGUUCGGCUCUACUACCAGCACCUUCUGCGGUACACCAGAAUUCAUGGCACCAGAGAUUCUUCUCGACAAGAAAUACGGCCGCGCUGUUGACUGGUGGGCAUUCGGUGUCCUGAUUUACCAGAUGCUCCUCCAGCAGUCUCCCUUCCGUGGUGAAGAUGAGGACGAAAUCUACGACGCCAUUCUGGCCGAUGAGCCUUUGUACCCCAUCCACAUGCCCAGAGACUCCGUAUCAAUCCUGCAGAAGCUUCUUACUAGGGAGCCCGACCAGCGUCUGGGCAGCGGUCCCACGGAUGCGCAAGAAAUCAUGAACCAGCCGUUCUUUAGGAACAUCAACUGGGAUGACAUCUACCACAAGCGUGUUGCGCCGCCCUUUUUGCCGCAGAUCAAGAGCGCCACCGACACCAGUAACUUCGACUCCGAGUUCACGAGUGUCACGCCUGUCUUGACCCCUGUCCAAUCAGUUCUUUCGCAAGCCAUGCAGGAAGAGUUCCGCGGCUUCUCUUACACUUCCGAUUUUGACUAG